AUGGCUGGUGCUAUUGUUGAUUUUGUAGUUGGAAAGCUGAAGGAGCAAGCUUUCCAAGAAGUAAUAUUCCAGUGGAAAAUCAAAGAUGAGGUUGACAAAAUCAGUGCUCGGCUAGCCAACAUGAAAGGCUACAUUGAGGAUUCUUCAGGCAAAGGGAAACAAGACACCAAAGUAGCAGAGAGCUGGGUGACACAACUGAGGGAUACCACACUUGAAGUUGAGGACUUGGUGGAGGAGUUCAUGUUGGAUUCCAAGCUUGUGGAACUCAAUACUCCUCCCUUCAAUUUCUGUGAAGUCAAGUCCCUGUUUGCCAACGUGCAGAGCUUGGUGGAGAGGGUGAAGAUCCAGUUUUGCUUCCAUCAGCAGUUAAAAGCCAUGGAUGAGAAGCUACUUGCUCUGGAAACAGAAAAAUCAAAGUACGGUAUAAAACUCAAGACAAACGACGAGGGAAGAAAUGAGUUACUGAUGGGCAGUGGGAGUGGAUAUAUGGUGGGGAUAGACGCGGUGGGGAUUAAGGAUCAGGUGGAGGACAUAGCACAACUCAUUCAGAAACGUAGAGAGCAGAUGUUGGUGAUCACAGUUUGGGGAGCCGGAGGUUGUGGGAAAACCACUUUGGCCAAGCAAGUUUACGAAAGAGUGAAGAAUGGUGGGAACAUCAAAUAUUUUUGUUGGGUUGAUGUAAACCACUCCUCAGAUAUUGAAUUUGUUCUGAGGGCAACAAUCAAUGGGCUGUACACAAGUGUUGGAACAAAGAUGCCGUCUGAACUGGAGAAAGCAGAUAGCAAAUCUCUUGAGCACCACAUCCGCGAUUACUUGAUGGAAAAAAGGUAUGUUGUAUUCUUUGAUGAUGUGUGGGAUAAUGAGCUGUUGAGUCAAAUCAACCUUCCGGUCCAUAAAGAAUCUGCAAUUAUUAUCACUAGCCGUGAUAAAGAUAUUGCUAAAGGCUCCUUUAUUCCUGCUACACCUCAGUUUGUUGAGGUGAAGCCACUAGACUCCAAUAUAGCAUGCGACCUUUUCUGCAAAUAUGCUUUUCCUCCUCCUGCUAAGCCCGAGGGCAACUGGCCUAACGAGGAGGUUAAAAAAUGGGGAGAAGCAUUGGUUAAGAGAUGCUCGGGUUUACCUGUUGCAAUUCUUGCAAUGGCUGGGUUGAUGUCCACAAAGGGUGAUUAUCUAAAGAAUUGGAAGGAAGCUGUGGAAAGCCUUGAGUACUACUCAGCAGAAUCUGAAGAAAGUGGGAGUCUAAAAUGUGUGAACAGAGCCCUAUUGUUGAGUUACAAUGAGCUCCCAACUCACCUCAAGUCAUGUUUCUUAUACUGUGCAAUGUUCCCCAAAACAAAGAGCAUUCAUGUCAAAGAGUUGAUCCGGAUGUGCAUAGCGGAGGGGUUUAUCGCAGAGCAUGGUGGCAGAGCACUAGAAGUCAUAGCAAAGGAUUACCUCCUUCAGCUCAAUAACAGAAGCUUGAUUCAGAUCGUCCCCACAGAGUCUAUAUAUGUUAGAAGGGACGACGACGAAAUUAAAAUGCAUGACCUGUUCCGUGAUGUAGCUGGUGAGGUGAUUAGAAGGGAAAUGUUUUCUGAAAUCAAAUUGAGUGGAAUGCAUAAUACCAAAGUUGAGUGGAAUCAAAGGCGUAGUUUGAUAAUCCUGAAGGAACGCGAGGGAAAGGUGACUCUUGAAAAGGUCCCUCAGAUGAAGAAGCUACGUACACUCAUCAUCGACGGUGGAGGGAUUAUUGUGAAUUCGCUCCCUCAGAUGCUCCAAAACAUGAAGUUGCUCAGAGUUUUGGCGUUGGGAUGGUUACCUGGUGUGGAGGAACUACCCAAUGAGGUUGGGGAUCUAAUUCAUCUUAGGUACUUAAGUCUGAAUGGUAAUUAUAAGAUGAGACAUCUCCCUGAUUCCUUGGGAAGAUUGCACAAUCUACAGACAUUGGAUUUAAGACGUACUUCGGUGAGUAGUUUGCCUAAAUGCGUGUCACAGCUUAUGCAGCUGAGACAUCUCUUUGGGCACUAUAACUUACAAUUGCCAGAUAUUGUAUUCACAUCUUCUCAGCUUCAAACAUUAUCUGGCAUGGUGAUUAAUACCAUUCAAGCAAGAGAAUUAGUAAACCUCACACAACUCACUGAGUUAGACAUAAUAUUCACGGAAGGGGAGGAAUGCUGGAGAGCAAUUUGUGAUUCUGUCAAUAAAAUGACAAAUCUUUGCUCUCUACUUAUUCGUUAUAAAUAUAAUCGAUUCAUUAAAGGUGAUGGUAUGGUAUGGGAAUUUGGAAAUUUCUCACCACCCCUUUAUCUGGAGAAGCUCGCGCUCUUUUAUUUUCAGAAAUUGGUAAAGUUUACCUCCACUCUUAGCUAUCUUCGCUCAAUCUAUAUAGAACAGUGUGAUGUGGAUGGGGAUUUCUUCAAUAGUUUGGAGAAACUGCCAAGCCUGGUGUGCCUCUACAUUCACUCUUACAGUGAAGAACAGUUAUUGUGCAGUGACGGAAGCUUUCCAAAACUCAAGAAGCUGGAGAUAAAGUGCGAGAAGCUUACCAACUGGGAAAUUGGAAAAGGAGCUUUGAAAUGUGUUGAGUCAGUAUCUAUGAUUUCUUGCACACGUCUAGAAAUGGUUCCAGAAGGGUUGAGAGAACUUGAGUAUUUGAAAGAAUUGCAUCUAUUCCACCCAUCUCAACAACUUGCUCAAAGGAUAUGUGUUAAAGGAUCAGAUCGAUGGAAGAUUAGACAUAUACCAAGAGUUGCUAUUCAUCAUGAUAAUAGUAAAGCCGUCUGGUCACAAUUCAAAACAAUGAUAGAUGAUGGAGUCCUCCAACUAAUAAAUAAAGUGCAGGUAUGA